ACAACAAUGGCGGCUACCAGUGGUAGAUUUGAAAGUGCGAGGAGUAUCGAAGAACGAAAAGAACAGACCAGGAUUGCCAGGGCUGAGGUGUUGCGCCAGGCUAAAGCCAAUUUUGAAAAGGAAGAAAGGCGUAAAGAACGUAAACGACUUCGGGGUGAGGCUACAUGGAUGCUACCUGAUGUGAAUGAACGAAUUGAACAGUUCUCACAGGAACACUCUCUGAAGAAAAAGAAGAAAAAAGACAAACACUCGAAAAAAGUAAAGAAAGAGAAGAAAAAAAAGAGUAGGAAACAGAAGUAUGAAAAAAACAACGAGUCAACAGAUAGUUCAUCAAGCUCUGAAGACGAGUGGGUUGAGGCUGUCCCAUCGCAGAUCCCUGGCAGAGAAAAGGCCUGGAAAGUGAAAGGUGAAAAUUCAGAAAGAGAAGACAACCCAGUUAUUCAGAGAGAUGAGUGGAUGACGGUUGAUUUUAUGUCUGUUAAAACUGUGUCCUUAUCAUCACUCAAAGCCGGUAAGGAGGCUAUGAGGAAAACAGAGCAAGAGAAAACCCAAGCCCUGGAACAGGUAAGAGUAUUGAAAAUGAUAUGGAGUAAAUUUUCUUGUGGAAAAUUGGGAAAGAAUGCACUGGGCAGACUUGGCUUAGCCCUGCGCUUCCUGCUUAUGGACCAGGCUGCCUGCAGAGCCCAUCUGCAUCUGAACCAAGUCCGCUUUCCUGUGCACCACCCUGGGGCCACGUCAUCUCCUGAUUCUGCCCUUGCCGGCCCCUCCACGGUCUGCCUGCUGCCCCUCCAACCCGUUCUCCGCGCGACAACCAUAAUGGGGUUCUCAGAAAGUGAGACCAGUCCUGUCCUAGGCCGCCUCCUCUACAGUUCUUCAAGGGUGUCCGUGGUUCUUGGGGUAAAAGCCGACAGCCUUCAGGAGGCCGGCGGACCUGAUCUCUGGCGGCUGGUGCUCCUCCUGCAGGCCGUCGCCGACAGGCUCACAGGGCCUUCGCACAGGCCCCCUUCCGAAGGGAGCUUCCCAAACCAUUUCCCCACGAGUGUGGAGGCGAGCACGGCCCCGAGGGACUGCGGCCGGUCCCGGAGCCUGGCGUCAUGGCACCGUGUGCGCCGGGACUGGGUACCCCUCUCCAUGUGGGGCCAGCGGCCAGCACUGCUCUCCACCUGCCUGUCCCUCUCCAGAGAAGUCGUGCAAGGACAGUUCGUUAGUUGCCUUCUUAGCGCCAUCACAGGUCACCCCGUGGCAGCUUUGCCCAGCGCCGUCGUCCUGCAGCCCGCGCCUCCCCAGUUUACUCGUGUAACAGGGAGGAAUGACGGCGCCUGUCUCACGGAGCUGUUGUGGGGAUACAGGGAGAAGAGCUUUCAGCUCAAUAUCUGGGAAACGAAUCUUUUGAGUUGGAAGAAAUUUCACAAGCGGCUUAUAUCAACUGCCUUAUAUUAUCGAAGCAAAGUUUCAGUAGUAGAAGAUGGUGGCUUAAGCUGGCUGAGGAAGUCUUACCAAAGAAUGAAGGAACAAGCUGAGAAACAGAAUAGAAAUUUUGAAGACAUUGUGGCUGAAAGAUACGGGUCAUUGGAAGUAUUUCAGUCAAAAUUAGAAGAAGCUGAAAAAACUGCAUCCACCAAAGAAGAUUAUAAACGAGAACGGUGGAGGAAACCAGCAUACUCAGAUAAAGCACAAAGUAGUCAAGAAAGUAGAAAAUCAGACUUGGUAAAAUAUAAUAAAAAUUUAAGGCAUAGAUAUAGUUCAACAGAUACUACAAACACCACCAAUAAAGAUAAGUCUAGUGGUGAUGAAAAAGAUAAUAGGUUUGGGUCUUUAGAAACCUGUAGAAGACAAUCCAAUCCAAGGCAAAAUCAGGACUUUUCUUCUCUUGGAAAUUUGAAACCUAAAUUUUUAAGACCCUCUGAUGAUGAAGAACUGUCAUCUUGUAGCAAGGGCAGAAAUUUUGAACCUUCUAGUUCAUCUUCAGCAUUGGUUGCUCAGGAUUCUGUGCGUUAUGGUUUUCGAAAACCUACAGAAAACAGUGAAGAAAGUUCUUCAUCGUGGAGCCAAUCCAGUGGAAGAGGAGGAGACAGGAAAUGUUCAUAUCGAAGAUCAUUAGAAACUAGGGGCAGUGUGGACUCUGGACACAUUUCAGAAGACGUGAGAGAAAAAUCACAAGAGGAAAGCCUGAGAGAUGACUCUCUGAAGAAAGAGCAUCUACAGGACAGGAAGUCUCCAUUUGCCAGAGGUGGUCCUGAGGAUGAUUCCAUCCACAUCUUGAGUGUUGAUGAGAAGAAUAAAUUGGGAGCCAGGAUUAUCAAGGCAGAGAUGAUGGGAAAUAUGGAAUUAGCGGAACGACUUAAAGCUCAACUUGAAAAGGCAAAUAAAUUCAAAGAAACUGUAACACCGAUAUCCUCAAAAGAAUCUGGGGUAGGGAAUGAAGAUCAAGAAGUGAUCCUGGUCAGAACUGAUCAGUCUGGAAGAGUGUGGCCUAUACAUACUCCAGGAAAAUCUCUGGAAUCUAAAGGAGGAAGAAGGAAGAGACAGAUGGCUUCAACCCAUGAAGAAAAAGAAAGGGUUAGAUACUUUCACGAUGAUGAUAAUCUCAGCCUAAAUGAUUUAGUCAGGAAUGAAAAGAUGGGAACAGCAGAAAAUCAAAGCAAACUUUUUAUGAGGAUGGCAUCUAAGUUUAUGGGAAAAACAGAUGGAGACUAUUACACUCUCGAUGACCUGUUUGUCUCCAAAGCAGCUGAGAGAGAACCUUCUGGUGAAGAGGAAGAGAACCAGAGGAGGAAAGCAAUUGCUGAGCACCAGAGUCUGGCUGCACAAAUGGAAAGAUGUCUGUAUUGUUUGGACAGCUCUCAGUUUCCCAAGCACCUCAUUGUUGCCAUAGGUGUUAAGGUUUAUUUAUGUUUACCCAACUUCCGAUCUCUCACCGAGGGGCACUGCCUAAUAGUCCCUUUGCAGCAUCACAGAGCGGCUACCUUACUGGAUGAAGACGUCUGGGAGGAAAUUCAGAUGUUCCGAAAAUCAUUGGUAAAGAUGUUUGAAGAUAAAGGACUGGACUGCGUCUUUUUAGAAACACACAUGGGCAUGAAGAAGCAUUGUCAUAUGGUUUAUGAGUGCAUCCCUCUCCCAAAGGAAGUGGGUGAGAUGGCUCCCAUCUAUUUUAAGAAAGCCAUAAUGGAAUCUGAUGAAGAAUGGUCCAUGAACAAGAAAUUGAUUGAUCUCUCUUCAAAAGAUAUCAGAAAAUCUGUACCCAGAGGCUUACCUUACUUCGCUGUGGAUUUUGGCCUCCAAGGAGGGUUUGCCCAUGUCAUUGAAGAUCAACACAAAUUCCCUCAUUACUUUGGAAAGGAAAUCAUUGGUGGGAUGCUGGAUAUAGAACCAAGACUCUGGAGGAAAGGGAUCCAGGAAAGCUUUGAGGAUCAGAGGAAGAAAGCCCUGCAGUUUGCUCAGUGGUGGAAACCAUUCGACUUCACCAAAAGUAAAAAAUGUUGAGUCAUACCUUUCAUUUUUUAAAUUUCUUCUUCAGAUUCCUUUCAGUUUUAUUUCCAUUGUGUCUGACUAGACCACUGACCCUCAGGCCAGAGGAAGAGAAAGUCCCGCUCUGGGUCUCAGACACCCGGGCAUCACUGGAUCGCGUUUCCUGUCCUACCUUGUCCUGCGACUGCAUUGUAGUAACUGGGGAACGAGACCAGAUACAGGGGGGCCCCGCUCACAUUCCCGUUCUGUACGUACGUCUUGGUGUUCUCGGCUGUGCAGUUUAAGAUGUGGAAAGACUUUUCUGAAGGAUUAUCUGGGAGGUACAGCAGAUCGUUGGUUCAGAGGGAAGUGGGUCUGCUUCAAGAUUGUGAAGACUAUUGUCUGGCUUCUCUUGAAUAUUUUAAACCGAAUUGACCUUUCCAGUAAUAAUUGCAAUUUCUUUUCAUCGCAUUUUAUAGAAAGCCUCUUUAUUUUCUACCCGUAGUCACUGCUCUUCUUUUUAUCAAAGGAAAAAGAAUGUCCCAAGAAUAAUAAAGAAUUAAAUGAAGCAUAAUGUGUUCAUGA